AUGCUUUCCCUGGCGUUCAUUGUCCUCAGCCUAGGAACUGCCUUGCCACUGGCAGCUGCCACCGGCUUGCCGGACGUACUUCACCGAGAUGUUGUGGUUAUCGGCGGAGGUGCUUCUGGUGCCUACGCUGCUGUCCGCCUGCGCGAUGACUUUAAUAAGAGUAUCGCCCUAAUUGAGAAGCGGGAUAGACUGGGUGGUAUGGUCAACACCUAUGUUGAUGAGAAGACUGGCGCCACCUAUGACUAUGGUGUACAGAGCUUCCUCAACGUUAGCAAAGCCGCGGAAUUCUUUGCUCGGUUCAAUAUCUCAAUUGGCAGCGGCUCAACUAGCCCCUCCUUAAUCACCGAGUACAUUGACUUCAACACAGGCAAGAAGGUUGAUUUUACGCCCCCUUCAUCCUCGAAGCAGCUUGCUGCCAUCGCCAAGUUCCUCAAAGUGAUCGAGCCGUGGGAGUCGAUGCUGAGCCCCGGCUACUGGAACUUCCCCCAGACCAACAACAUCCCCGAGGAUUUCCUUAUUCCCUUUGGGGAAUUCUUGACCAAGUAUGGCCUCGAAGACGGUGCGCCUCUUAUAUACUCAACCACAGGCCUUGGAGUGGGUAACAUGAGUGAAGUCGCGACCAUGUUUGCACUCCAGAGCUUCGGCUGGGAUAUGGCGCGCGGCAUGACAGGCAAAAUGGGCUUGUUUUCGCCUACUUCUGGUGGCAAUCAGGCUCUCUACAAUGCCAUUGCUAAGAAUCUGGGUGACGACGUGCUGUAUUCGAGCACUGUCAUUGACAGCCGCCGCACAGAAUUCGGCGUCUCCCUCGCCGUCCGCAAUCAUAAAACCAAUAAGGUCACCCGUAUCAUCGCUCGCCGGCUCUUAGUUGCUAUCGAGCCCACUGAGGUCAACAUGAAGCCCUUGGAUCUCAGCCCCUCAGAGUGGAACACACUAUCCAAGUUCACGUACUCCAACGAAUUCACCGGUCUGGUCGACAACGCCGUCUUUAACACUAGCUAUUACUACUUCAACCUACCCUCCACCGCCGCUCCAAAUCACUACCUCGUCUUCCAAGACGAGCCAAUGGUAGCAAGCUUCCAAUACACCGGCCUCGAGCACCUGUUCCGCGUGAUGAUUAUCGGUAAUACCACUUCCACCGCAGACGAAGCCAAGGUCCUGGCCCAGAACAGCUUCAACACCUUGUUAAAGUCUGGUCGGUUGUCCAAGUCCAUCCGAGACCAGAAGCUUAGCUGGGCCGCCUUCUCUAUGCAUGGACCUAUGCAUGCCCGUGUAUCUGUCGACCAAGUUAAAUGCGGCUUCUUCCAGGAUCUGUACAAGCUGCAGGGUGCUCGCUCCACGUGGUGGACAGGUGGUGCUUUUUCGGCAAACUUUCAGACACAGCUAUGGCAAUUUGACGAUGGUCUGAUUCCUAAGAUCCUCGAGGGCCUUUGA